UAAAAUACAGCUGACUCUGAAGAGGUUAUGUUUGUAUCGUUUUGAUAUUGCUUCAAUUUAUGUAGCGACAAGUUAUUAUAAAAAGUGCAUAAAAUGGAUGAUGAUGACGAUGUGCACAGAUUGGAAGGUAGUUCCAAUGAGAAAGGUGGUUUAAUUGUGAAGAAGAAAACUCCAACAUUCAAAGUUCCUCAAGUGUCCCUUCUUGGGUUGGAUAAAUUAGCUCAAAAGAAACGUAAGGAAAAGGAAGAUGCUGCACGUAAAAUGUCAUUUUCUAUUGAUGAAGAAGAUGGUCAUGAUGAUAGCUCUGUCAGAUCUAAAGAAACAUACAGAGAAAGGGAAAGACAACGAGAUAGGGAUCGAGAUAGAAACAGGGACAGAGAUAGGGAACGGGAUCGAGAUAGAAGGAGAUACAGAGAAAAACGUGAUUAUUCCAGCAGAUCUAGUUCUAGAGAACAAACUCCCAGGUUUAAAGAUGAGCCCAGAACUCCUAAUAUCAAAUUGAAAGAUGAUGUAUCCAAGGCCUCGUGGGAAGAGGAUGACGAAGUACCAACUAAAAGAUCUUCAUGGGAUUUUCCAACUCCAAAAACAUAUAAAUCAUCUGGUGAAUGGUCUGAGAGGAGUUCUAGGUCCAGUAGACAUGAAGACUCCCAUAGAUCUGACCGAAGGGAGUCAGAAAGGAAGGAUAGAAAAGGCAGGAGAUAUGAAGAUGAUACACCUAGAGCAACACCUGCUCAUAGGUAUAACUCAUGGGCAAAGGAUCGUAAGAGAAGUGGUGCUACACCACAACUUAAAAAGGAAGAUAACAAUGUUAAAUGGGAUUCAACUGUUGAUAGAAAUAUGUGGGAAGAAGAGCAGAAAAGAAUUGACAGGGAAUGGUAUAAUAUGGAUGAAGGUUAUGAUGAUGAAAAUAAUCCAUUUGCUACUGUUAGUGAUGAGUAUACAAAAAAGAAAGAGGAGCAACUGGAGCAGAGAAAGAAAAAAAGGAUGUCAGCCCAACAAAGGCAAAUUAAUAAGGAUAAUGAGUUAUGGGAAAGGAACAGAAUGUUGACAUCUGGUGUAGUUCAUUCAGUUGAUUUCAAUGAAGAUUUUGAUGAGGAAUCAGUUGAUAGAGUUCAUUUAUUGGUUCACAAUAUAGUGCCUCCAUUUUUGGAUGGUAGGAUAGUCUUCACUAAGCAACCAGAACCUGUUGUUCCAGUAAGAGAUCCCACUUCAGAUAUGGCUUUAGUUGCUAGAAAAGGAUCACCAUUGGUUCGAGUGUUUAGAGAGCAGAAGGAAAGGCGUAAAGCCCAGAAGAAACAUUGGGAGUUGGGCGGAACGACGAUAGGAAAUAUUAUGGGCAUCAAAAAGAAGGAAGAUGAGGACGAUAAAAAGUACAAUCAAGCGGAUGACAGUUCCGAUUAUCGAGCUGAUCACAAAUUCGCAGAACACAUGACGAAAAGCGAAGCCAGCAGUGAUUUUGCAAGGAAGAAGACGAUUUACGAGCAAAGGUGUUUCUUACCAGUUUUUGCUGUACGUCAAGAGUUACUAAACGUAAUUCGUGAUAAUUCAGUUGUUAUUAUUGUUGGUGAAACUGGUAGCGGUAAGACUACCCAAUUGACUCAGUACCUUCACGAAGACGGGUACAGCAAAUAUGGAAUGAUAGGUUGUACACAACCGCGUCGUGUUGCCGCGAUGUCUGUAGCAAAACGUGUUAGCGAUGAAAUGGGCACCCAAUUAGGUGAUGAGGUUGGAUACGCUAUUCGAUUCGAGGAUUGUACUUCAGAAAAUACAGUUAUCAAAUACAUGACUGACGGUAUUCUGCUCAGGGAGAGUUUAAGAGAACCAGAUUUAGAUCAUUACAGUGCAAUUAUUAUGGACGAAGCCCACGAACGUUCAUUAAGUACGGACGUUUUAUUCGGACUACUUCGAGAGAUUGUGGCAAGAAGGCACGAUUUGAAGCUGAUCGUAACCUCGGCUACCAUGGAUUCUAGCAAGUUUUCCAUGUUCUUUGGAAACGUUCCCACCUUCACAAUUCCAGGCCGAACGUUCCCGGUCGAAGUCCUCUUCAGCAAGAACACGGUUGACGAUUACGUGGAUGCAGCCGUUAAGCAGGCCUUGCAAAUCCACUUGCAGCCACCAUCCGGUGAUAUUCUGAUCUUCAUGCCCGGCCAGGAAGACAUCGAGGUCUCAUGCGAGGUGUUGGGAGAACGUAUUGCUGAAAUAGAAAAUGCUCCGCAGCUGUCGAUUUUACCGAUUUAUUCGCAACUGCCGUCCGAUUUGCAGGCGAAGAUCUUCCAGAGAUCACCGGAAGGCAUCAGGAAGUGCGUGGUUGCCACGAAUAUUGCUGAAACUUCUUUGACUGUGGACGGUAUCAUUUUCGUCAUAGAUGCAGGCUACUGCAAAUUGAAAGUUUACAAUCCAAGGAUCGGCAUGGACGCUCUUCAAAUAUAUCCUAUAAGUCAAGCAAACGCUAAUCAACGAUCAGGUCGUGCAGGACGUACAGGUCCAGGUCAGGCCUUCAGGUUAUACACCGAGCGACAGUACAAAGAUGAAUUGCUCAUCACCACUGUACCUGAAAUUCAGAGGACUAAUUUGGCAAAUACUGUCCUGCUGUUGAAAUCCUUGGGCGUACAGGAUUUGUUGCAAUUCCAUUUCAUGGAUCCUCCACCUCAGGAUAAUAUAUUGAAUUCGUUGUAUCAACUGUGGAUUUUGGGCGCUUUGGAUCAUACCGGAGUGCUUACUAAAUUGGGUAGGCAGAUGGCCGAAUUCCCGUUGGAUCCGCCCCAAUGCCAAAUGCUAAUUGUUUCCAGCGAUAUGGGAUGCACACAAGAAAUUUUAAUUAUCGUAUCAAUGUUAUCGGUACCUUCCAUAUUCUACAGGCCAAAAGGGCGCGAGGAGGAAGCAGAUGGCGUCCGUGAAAAGUUCCAAGUCCCGGAAAGUGAUCAUCUGACUUAUUUGAACGUUUACAACCAGUGGAAGCAAAAUAAUUAUUCUGCACAUUGGUGCAACGAGCAUUUCAUUCACAUCAAGGCCAUGAGGAAAGUCAGGGAUGUUAGGCAGCAGUUGAAAGACAUCGUUAUCCAACAGAAGCUCGAGCUGAAAUCCUGCGGUACCGAUUGGGACAUCGUGAGGAAAUGCAUUUGCUCAGCUUACUUCCACCAAGCGGCUCGUCUGAAAGGUAUCGGAGAGUACGUGAAUUGCCGUACCGGAAUGCCGUGUCACUUGCAUCCGACAUCAGCUCUCUUCGGACUUGGUAAUACUCCCGAUUACGUGGUCUAUCACGAAUUGGUGAUGACCGCAAGGGAGUACAUGCAGUGUGUCACCUCUGUGGAUGGUCACUGGUUAGCCGAACUUGGUCCCAUGUUCUUCUCGCUGAAAGAGACCGGAAAAUCUGGCAGAGCCAAGAAGAAACAGGCGGCAGAACAUUUGCAGGAAAUGGAGAGUCAGAUGCAGGUGGCGCAGGAGGAGAUGCGGGCGAGGAAGGAGGCAGCGGAUAAGAGGGAAGCGGCUUUGAACAAAGGACAAGAAAUCAUAACGGCUGGCUCGACGCCCCGAAGGACACCGGCAAGAUUCGGCCUCUGAACACGAAUCCUUCCAUUUGUAAAAGAUUUUUAAAUAAUUUAUUAAUUUGAUAAUGAAAAAUAAAUUUACAUCCGAUUAUUUCU